GUGUACCUCGUCUCCUACGUUAUCCUCAAGACGGGCCCCAGCCCGCGGCCGGCGGCCUGGGUCCUGGAGCGCAGCACGGACGAGGCCGGGGAGACGUUCACGCCGUGGCAGUACUUCGCGCCGACAGACGAGGACUGCUGGAGCCGCUACGGCGUGCCAGCCACCCCGGGCGACCCGGCCAAGGUCACCCUGGACCGCGACGACGAGGUCAUCUGCACCAGCUUCCACUCCAAGGCCUACCCCGCCGAGGAUGCCGCCGUCCACACGUGGCUCGUGAAGGGCCGGCCCGGCGCCAACGCCUCCUCCGAGCCGCUCAGGGCCUUCCAGGCGGCGCGCCGCGUGCGGCUGCGCCUGGAGAAGCUGUCGCAGGCCGGCGGCGCGCUCGCCGACCCCAGGAGGGCCUUCUACUCGAUCAAGUUCCUGUCCAUCGGCGCGCAGUGCGACUGCAACGGACACGCCAGCAAGUGCAACGGCGGUGCCGGCAAGAGCGGGGUGCAGGCGCAGCGCGCGUCCGGCUGCCGCUGCCAGCACAACACGGAGGGCGCGGCGUGCGAGCGCUGCCGGCCGCGCUUCAACCAGGAGCCCUGGCAGCACGGCGCGCCCUGUGUCGAGUGCCAGUGCCACGGGCACGCGCGCGCCUGCCGCUACGACCCCGAGGUGGCGCGCGCCGCCGCCUCCCUGGACAGGCACGGCGCCUACCGCGGCGGCGGCGUCUGCCUCAACUGCUCUGACCACACCACCGGAGUGAACUGCGAGCGGUGCGCCAUCGGGUGGUUCCGGCCGUCCGGGGUGGCCGUCGACGUCGCGAAGCCCUGCGUGCCCUGCGAGUGCCACCCGGAGGGCUCCACGGGGGUGUGCGCACCCGACGACACGAACCCCGUAGUGGAGGCGGGUGCGUGCGAGUGCCGCGACGGCUACGCCGGCUACCACUGCGACCGGUGCGCGCCGGGCUUCCGGAACUUCCCCGCGUGCGAGCCGUGCCCCUGCGACCUGCGUGGAUCCGAACACGCCGCUGACUGCGACGGCGAGUGCUUCUGCAAGGCGCACGUGGAGGGCGCGCGCUGCGACCGCUGCCGCCCCGGCUACUUCGGCCUGGACGCCCGCGACCCCAACGGAUGUUCGGCGUGCUACUGCUCCGGGAUCACGACGGACUGCACAGAGGCCGUGCUGUCGCUCGCCGAGGUGGACCAGUACCAGGGCUGGCUCGUGGGUGACAUCCGGGUCACCGAGACCGUGACGCCGGUCGUGGACCAAGACACGGGACUGCUGACGGUGGCCGACGCUGAUCUCGACGUGGACUCGUACUACUGGGUGGCGCCGCCGUCCUACCGCGGUAACCUACUGGCGUCCUACGGCAGCACCAUGACCUUCCGCACGUCCUGGGUGGUGAUGCGGGGCGACACGAGCGGGAAGCCUACGGCUGGCCCGGACCUCAUCCUCAUCGGCUCCAACGGCAUGCGGAUCGGGCACGGCGACAACGUGCACGUAGAGCACAACGCCACGGUGGUCGUGCCGCUACGCGAGGCGCACGGCGGGGAGGUGCCUGGCUCGUCGUGGUACCUCCUCCGCGACGGCGUCCGGGACAUCUCGACGCGGCUGAGGCGAACGGGCGCGGACCAGGACCAGUCGCCGUACCGAGGCGAGGCGGCCACGAGGAACCAGCUGCUGUCCGUGCUGGCCGACGUGGAGCACGUGCUGGUGCGCGCCAAGUACCACACGGACCAGGUGGAGGGCGCGCUGGAGACGGCCGUGCUGCAGCGGGGCGAGCAGGCGCGCACCGAGGACGCGGGCGGCGCGCUCACGCUGGUGGAGCAGUGCGCGUGCCCCGAGGGCUACGUGGGGCUGUCCUGCGAGUCCUGCGCCUGGGGCCACGCCCGAGUGUCGGCCCAGGGCUUGGCCUCCAACGCCACGACGGGACUGGCCUCCGGACACCGCGGCCUCUGCGCCCGCUGCAACUGCAACGGCCACGCCGCCACCUGCGACCCGGACUCCAACGCGUGUGGGCCCUGCGAGCACAACACGGCGGGCGAGCGCUGCGAGCGCUGCGCAGAGGGCUUCUUCGGAGACGCGCUGCGCGGCCUGCCCGGGGACUGCCGGCCGUGCGCCUGCCCGCUGCUGCUGCCCUCCAACAACUUCAGCCCGACGUGCGAGCUGCAGACGCCGGACGUGACGGACAACAACGACGUGGUGGAGGACUACGUGUGCACGGCGUGCCCGGCGGGCCACGCGGGCAAGCACUGCGACCGCUGCGCGGGCGGCCACUACGGCGACCCCACGGUCCCCGGCGAGCGCUGCCGGCCCUGCGACUGCGCGGGCGGGCCCUGCGACCCGCUCUCGGGCCGCUGCCUCAGCUGCCCGGGCAACACGGACGGCUGGCGCUGCGAGAAGUGCAAGCCCGGCCACUACGGCGAGCCCGAGAAGGGCUUGUGUCGACCGUGCGAGUGCAGCGCGACGGGCAGCGUGGCGGCCGACGCCUGCCACCCCGGCAGCGGGCAGUGCGAGUGCAGGCCGCGGUUCACCGGCAGGACGUGCGACCGCUGCGCGGACGGCCUGGGGAACGUGACGGCGGGCUGCGUGGCGUGCGCCUGCGACCCGCGCGGCUCCUCGGCGCCCGCCUGCGACCCGGUGACCGGCCAGUGCCCGUGCAGGGACGGGUACGCGCCGCCCCACUGCAGGGGCUGCCUGCUGCACCACUACGACAACCCCGACACCGGCUGUGAGG